AUGUCACAACGUGCGGCGCCAGGACCGCCGCCGGGCCCACCCCCCGGCCCCCCUCCCAAGCGACCUGUAGAUACAAGUGCACCUCCUCCUCUUCCUGAAGGCCCCAUAUUUGUGCCACCGCCUGGCUGGUCGAACAUCGAUGAAGAGGAGGCGAAAGAGCGCGACCGGACGCCGCAGCAAAAAGAGAUCGACCGUGUGGUGCGUGGCGCGUUUCGUCUGAAUGCGUAUGAUAUGCUGGACGUUACGCCAGACAUGGACGACAAGGCAAUCACAAAAGUCUUUCGUCGCAAAAGUCUGCUGAUCCACCCCGACAAAGUGUCGGAAGACUACCAAGAACGCGCAAUGGAGGCCUUUGACUUGCUCAAGAAAGCCCUCGACCAGCUCUUGGACGAGGAGCGCCGCCAGCGCCUGAACGAAGUCACGCGGUCCGGCCGGUCCCUUGCGCUGCAGGAGCUUCGUUUGCCCUUUACGAUGAGCGAAGAGGAGCUCGAGAAGGAGCAGCAGCCCGGCGGAAAGCUGCACAACCUGACCCCCAGCUUCCAAGAGCGCAUCAAGCGGUGCACCAACCACCUGAUGCGCGAGGACGAGCUGAAUCGCAUGAAUGCCAUGCGGCUGAAGCAGGAAGCCGAGGCCGAGGCGCGCAAGAUGCGCGAGGCCGCCGAGCAGGAGCUCAAGCGCAAAGCGGAAGUUGAAAGCGUUUGGGAAGAUACCCGCGACCACCGUGUGGAAGGCUGGCGCAGUUUUCAAAAGAACAAGAAGAAGAAGAAGAAGAUGGACGUGCUGGGAUAA